UUGUGUCCAUCAAUAUGUACAAACUGAACUGAGGGUCCAUUUGAAAAGUGGAAUAGCCAAUCUGCCAAUACAUUCUGCCUUUUAAGAAUCAUCAUACCAAUUUCAAUGUACGUGUAUUAAAGUGUCAGAUGAGUGUCAUGUGACUGUCAGGUGACGAUGGAGUGGUGGACCCACCUCUGGCUCAACGAGGGAUUCGCCACCUGGAUAGAGUACCUGUGUGUUGACCACACCCACCCAGAGUACGAGAUAUGGACCAACUUCCUGUCCCGAGAGUAUGCCAGUGCCAUGAGUCUGGACGCCCUCGCCAGCAGCCACCCCAUCGAGGUGCCAGUGGGGCCACCGUCUGAGGUGGAGGAGAUAUUUGACGCCAUAUCCUACUGCAAGGGAUCUUGUGUCAUCAGGAUGCUGCACGAAUGGAUCGGACAAGAGAGCUUCCAAAAGGGUCUGAACACUUACCUCACCACCUUUGCCUACAAGAAUGCCUCCACUGGAGACCUGUGGGCUCAUCUGGAGACGACCUCAGGGAAGCCGGUGGCUGACGUGAUGAGCACUUGGACCCAGCAACUUGGCUACCCUGUCAUCACUGUGGAGGCCAAGCAGGAAGGUGGCAAUAGAGUCCUCACUCUGUCUCAGAGAAAAUUCUGUGGAGACGGGAACAUAACAGGAUUUGAGUCCAUGCUAUGGAAGGUGCCCAUCGUCAUAGCAACCAAGGGGAAUCCCCAAGCUGCGUCGCUGGUGCUGACAGAGCAGUCGACUACCGUGACACUGGAGGGAGUGGGGGAGGGUGACUGGGUGCUGGUGAAUCUGGAUAGGGUAGGUUUCUACCGAGUGUCCUACUCCUCUGAGCUGUUCCAGAGUCUGACCCCUGCCCUCACUAGCCACACCCUCUCCCCCCGAGACCGCCUCGGACUGCAGAAUGACGCAUUGCCAUGGCUCGGUCAGGAGAGUUGGUAGUACAGUUGACGUACUGGCUCAUGUUCGCGUCCUACCUACUGAGACCAGCUACCACGUCUGGGGAGAGCUAGGCUGGCACCCUGGCGACCAUCAGUCGUCUUCUCUCCCACACUGGACUACUACCCAGUUCAAAGCCUCAUGCCCAGAAGAUAUUUGAGAAGGCAGUGGCCAGACUUGGCUGGGACAGCAAGGACUCUGACACUCCACUGACUCAAUGCUGAGGGUCGUGAUAGGAGCACAUGGGAAGUAUGGAAAUCAAGCACCAUUGAGAGGCUAAGGCCAGGUUCCAGAAGCAUGUUGAAGGGACAACUGUGCUGCCAUCAGGACCUGAAGUCAGCAGUGUCUCUAUGGCCAUGGCUAAUGGAGACGAGACCCCUUUGAUCACUGGUCAAAGCUCCAUGCUGCCACAGACUCUAACGAGGAGCAGGUCAGGAUAUACAGGUCUCUGGGAGCUGGCAAGACUGAGGCUCUCACCAAGAAAUUCCUUGAGUUUGCUGUCUCUGACAAGGUUCGACCCAAUGAACUGUGGAGUCUGUUGUUCUCAGCCAGACAGGCCAGUCCUCGGUCCAGAGACAUGGUCUGGGAGUUUGUGCAGGAGAAAUGGACAUGGCUGAAGGAACGCUACCAGGGCAGCUUCCUGCUGGACAGGGUUGCUGAGGUGGCCACGUCAGGGUUUGUUACAGAGGAGAAGGCAGUGGAGGUUGAGGCGUCCUUCAAGAGUAACCCAGCUCCCUCAACUGAGAGGGUGGUCAAACAAAACUGUGAGGCCAUCAGACUCAACGCCAAGUGGCUGGAGAGAGAUUCUAACGCCAUCCAGGAGUGGCUCAAGAACCAGUGAACUCAGACUGAAAUUUAUUUUGCAUAAGGCGUGUGUAAUGAUCCUUAGAAAUGAACCCUAGUUGGUGUCUCGGGGC